GGGGCGUGGCUGUAGGCGGUGACCAAACUGGUUAUGGGGAAACUGGGAAUUCAGGAAGGAGAAAAAGAAAUAAAGGAGCGGAAACAGGAAGGAGAGAAGCGUUAAAAAACAAACAAACGAGCAUAAACCUUGCUAGGCCGGCUAGCUAGCCGCUGCUGAGACUGCAGCAACACUGCUAAGGCCACGGGUGAGGCCUGAAGUGGAAGAGGGGCCGGCUGCUGGGUCCAAGCUCGUCGUUUCCACGGUGACGGAGGCCUGAGCGGAGAGGGAACAUGUCGCUGUUUGCGAAGAGGAAGACGGUGGAAGAUGUAAUAAAGGAACAGAAUCGAGAGCUGAGGGGUACUCAAAGAUCUAUAGCCAGAGAUAGAGCAGGUUUGGAGAAACAAGAAAAACAGCUGGAAAUGGAGAUUAAGAAAAUGGCCAAGGCUGGCAAUAAAGAUGCCUGUAAGAUUCUUGCAAAGCAACUUGUGCAACUGCGGAAGCAGAAGACCCGUACGUAUGCUGUGAGUUCGAAGGUCACUUCUAUGUCCACUCAGACAAAACUAAUGAACUCACAGAUGAAGAUGGCUGGUGCCAUGGCUACUACAACAAAGACAAUGCAAGCUGUGAACAAGAAAAUGGAUCCACAGAAAACCUUACAAUCUAUGCAAAAUUUCCAGAAGGAAAACAUGAAAAUGGAAAUGACAGAAGAAAUGAUGAAUGAUACGUUAGAUGACAUUUUUAAUGAGUCAGGAGAUGAAGAAGAAAGCCAAGACAUUGUGAACCAGGUGUUGGAUGAAAUAGGAAUUGAGAUUUCUGGAAAGAUGGCGAAUGCUCCAUCAGCAGCCAAAGGUCUACCUACAGCUUCAACAUCUAAAUCUACUAUUUCAGAUGAAGAAAUUGAACGGCAGCUGAAGGCUUUAGGAGUGGACUAAUUGAUCUACUUUUUAAGAGGAGCAGAGGAUUUUUUUUUCUGUUCCUUGGGGAUUGCCUUUUAUUUUAAUUAAUUUGGAUUUACUUUAAAGUGGACAUUGGAUAGUUGCAGGGAACAAUGUGGAUAUCCUUGUAUAACUUUAACAAUAUGCUAAUUUCUAAGUCUAUAAUCUAAAAACACACCCUGCCUACCUUAAUAACACAUUGCUGCUUUUUUUUAAAAAAAACAUCUCGAGGAUUUCUGGAGUGGAAAUAAUGUAUGUGUGAUUACGAGUGAUUUAUACAGUAUGACUGAAAUGUACAUCAGAACACUGUACUUAAAUUGUGUGGCUUCAUUUCACAUAACAAGCCAUUAGUUACAGUUGCCAAUAAGGUAGAAAAGAAAUGCAAUAAUGUUUUAACAAAUAUUCUUGUGUAAUCUAAAUUUACAUCUCAGUGGACAAUGAUGCAGGCAAACAGUGGAAUAUUUAAGAGUGCUUUCAUAUAAACUGAAACCAUUGAAAAUUAUUAUACACUUCUGGUCUUAUUAAGAUAUAACUUUUAAGGGUGAUUUUGGGAUGUUAUGCAGAAGUUGCAUUUUUACAACAUGGAUUAGCACUCGGGUUGAGUUUUGAUUUCUUUCGUGUCCAUCCAGAUUUCUGGUGGUACAAGUUCACUGGAAGCAGAAAAGUAACCUACAGUAAACCCAUACUUAAGAAGUAUUCAGAGAUCCAUAUACACAGGAUAAUCUCUGUAAACACAGGAUAAUCUAAGGUGCAUGGAAAAUUAACUAUGUAUGUUCAAAAGCACAGCAUAACUGGCAAAUUACUUCGACUUAAGCAUCACACUUUGUAGGUAGGAGACUGGGAAUCUCUACAGUUUAACAAUGGCCCAUUUAAUCCUGGACAUGAAAUACGCUCUUUGCAAUAACCAAGAUAUAGUAGAUCUAUAAUUGCAAUCUGCAUGCGGUAAUGUGCACUAAGAAGUCUCCUGACAACUUUAAGAAGUGGCAGUUUGGAUUGGUCACAGGCUUGUGGGAAUGAUAAUGCUUAAAUUCAUUUUAUGUCAAAUGAUGUUGCAGUGGCUGUUAAAAUAUUUUACAGGCCUUGUUAAGUAAACUACUCCACCUUUCACAUUGCUGUUUCAUCUGUGCGUACUGAUGCAGUAUUUUGAGUAUGAUUUGAACAUUUUCAUUACUUUUGAAAAUAAAUGGUGAUUGCAGGA